AUGAGACCUGCCGGCGAUGACGAGGCUGAGAUGCUUGCCCAUUGGAAGCCAAUCAUGAUUCUUAAUAAAACCCUUCGCGGACCCGCAUACGUCGAAAGUCUUGUUUCUCACUCUCCAACACUCAUUACCUCCGACACUCAAGGUCGGAAGAUAUUGCCCCUAGAGAUUUGGUAUUUGAUCCUCGAUUUCAUCACCAAUGAUCCAGAUCCGCAUGAUUACAAUCUCGUCCGACCUAUCAAUCUCAAGGUGGACGGCAAGUGGAAUCGGACGCUUGUCUGCGUCAAAGUUGAGCGGUGGCUCUCUCUGUCACAACUCGAGGGUGAUACCGAAGUUGACGUUGCACAGAAAUAUAUAGCUCGACCAGACCUGGUGUUUGAUAAUCUCCCUUGCCCUUUUCUCGAGUUUGGGGCGCCCUCCACGCGUUGGGAGAUCCCUGCUCGGGUCUUGUCCUCCAGGUACAAAACCGUCCAUGUCGCCGUCACCGUCCUAGACAUCGUCAAGUAUGUCGAAGAAGGAAGGUGUAACCUUUACCUAGACGGGUUUUUGGUAUAUGUAAAUUGA